GGGGCGGUAUCUCGUGUGGGCUCUUCAAGGCUUCACGGAGAGUGAAUGUCGUCAUGAGCGAUCAAAAGGACAGUAUGGCCACCACUGUCGCAGUCAGCCCCAGUGAAUAUCUUCAGCCCUCCACCAACACUUCUCAAGAUUCACAGCCCUCCCCGCUGGCACUUCUGGCGGCUACCUGCAGUAAGAUCGGGCCUCCGGCCGCCCAGGCCCCAGUCAGCACGCUACCGUCUCAGCCAACCACGCGCCGUCUGCACCCCAUCAAGCCCGCCCCCAUUGCCCCGGCUCCACCCAAAAACCUCGGAUUCCUCUCAGCAAAGGGAAAUGUUAUCCAGCUGCCCACGGGACUUGGUUCAUCAGGGGCCAGCCCUAUUGUCUUCACUAUUCAGAGCCCUUCACGUCCAGCAGGCACAUCCACUGCCAACAUCCAGUACCAAGUGAUUCCUCAGUUCCAGGGAUCUCAGACCAUUCAAAUGAUGCCUCAGGGAGGCCAGAUCCAGAUCAUCCCCGGAACCAACCAGGCCAUUAUCACCUCACCCGUCACAGUUCAGGCUGCCACACCACCUCUGGCCCCGGCCCCCCAGCAGAAGACGGUGGCGAUCAAGCCGUCUUCUCAGAAGCGGCGGCAGAAUAAUGCCAGCGUUGUACGGCUCCCCAGUGGACUCACACUCCCACUCAAUGUUAGUAUGAGCGAGGUGGGAGGAGCGCAGGUUGUUACGGAGACUGCUGCUGCUCCAGUGAAGGGCAAGAGGGGGAGGAAGAGACAGGUGGCUAUAGCCACGCCCACCCUGACCCCUCAACCGGCCUCACCACCACCUGUAGCUGAACAGAUUGAAGCCUUGCUAAUAGAGACCACAGCCGACAACAUUAUUCAGAAGACGGUGGCGAUCAAGCCGUCUUCUCAGAAGCGGCGGCAGAAUAAUGCCAGCGUUGUACGGCUCCCCAGUGGACUCACACUCCCACUCAAUGUUAGUAUGAGCGAGGUGGGAGGAGCGCAGGUUGUUACGGAGACUGCUGCUGCUCCAGUGAAGGGCAAGAGGGGGAGGAAGAGACAGGUGGCUAUAGCCACGCCCACCCUGACCCCUCAACCGGCCUCACCACCACCUGUAGCUGAACAGAUUGAAGCCUUGCUAAUAGAGACCACAGCCGACAACAUUAUUCAGCCCUACCCUGUACCACAGAGACAGACAGUCACGCCCAAUAUGCAGGUGUCCCCCCAAGAACCCACACAGGUGCUGAUUAAAACAGCCUCAGGUGAAUGGCAGGCUGUACAGCUACAGGAGACAACUGUUACCACGCCAACAACACCCACCAGCACGUCCACACCUGCCAUGGCCACUAAAAAGGCUCAAACGGGGACAAGGAAAGAAAGGACUCUCCCUAAGCUCGCCCCGGCUGGAGGGGGGCUGAUAACACUGAACGCAGCCCAGCUGACUUCUGCUGCUCAGGCAGUUCAGACCAUCAAUAUUAAUGGUGUCCAGGUGCAGGGUGUUCCUGUGACAAUCACCAACGCUGGGGGCCAGCAGCAUCUCACAGUGCAGACGGUUCCAGGUGCAGGUCUGCAGCUGGGCGGUGUGCAGACACAGAUGCAGACCAUGCAGGUGGAACAGACACAGACACUCGCACUGGAACUGCAGAGUCAGCCAGGAGAGAAAAAGCGGCGCAUGGCCUGCACCUGUCCGAACUGCAAAGACGCAGAAAAGAGGCCAGGAGAGGUGGGGAAAAGAAAACACAUCUGCCACAUAGCAGGCUGUGAAAAGACCUUUCGAAAGACUUCGCUGCUGCGGGCGCAUGUCCGACUGCACACGGGAGAGAGACCCUUUGUGUGCAGCUGGGUCUUCUGCGGAAAACGAUUCACACGCAGUGACGAGCUGCAACGACACGCCAGGACACACACGGGAGACAAACGCUUUGAGUGCAAUAAGUGUCAGAAACGUUUCAUGCGGAGUGACCACCUCACAAAGCAUUACAAAACACACAUCAACACAAAGAGCCUGUGAACGUCGUCUUUCACAGGACUUCAAGAACUUUGAUGAGGGGGAUAAGAAAGAAAAAUGCUGUUCCCAGGGCUUGUGAGAUGGGAGGAAACAGAGGUCAACCUGCCUUCACAUGUAUGACGGGGCCCUGGAAGAUCACCUGUUUUGACCAGCCGUUUCAGGGUAAACUAAACUCCCGCUGACCACUUUUUUUUACUCGCCCUCAUCAACAGAGAAACGCUGGCUGGCCGUAAAGUGUGGCCCUCAACUGGGAUUCAUGAAGAACAUGGAUACCAGUUGUGUUUUGGCUGAUUCCUCUGUAAUACGGAGCAGAAAAGACGUCUGUCUCGGCACCAACAGACACUCGCUACUUUCCCCCCUGCACUUAAAUUUGUUCACAUGUUUUUGGUGUGUUUUAGCUAAACCAAGCCCCUCACAUGAAGUGUAGCAGCUAAUGGACAGUGUUUCUGGCUUUUAUUGUGUAAAUGUUUGUUUUCAUACAUACAAACAUACAUUUGUACAUACUAUGGCAAAUUUGAAUACAAAAGCGACGCUUUGGACAAACUCUAAUUAUAUACAGUUGAUAAAUGAAUUUUUUUUUUUUUUAGUCUGCUUUGGAAUUUUAAACAGAAGCUUGAAACUUUGUAUAACUUUGGUUGGUUGGUUGUUUUUAAUAUUAGUGGAGGUUUGGAAAAGAAAUAUUUUGGCUUUUACAUACUUGUCCAUGUUAGACAAUCAUGUCUUAUAUAGAGGAGAUAAACAGGAGGGUAAAUAUCUUGGGACUUGCUACACGUUGAAAAGUUGAUCAUCAUCAUAAGGAAUAAUUUAUUUAUAAAAAAAA